AUGGCCUGUUUGCGGUUGUCAUUUCUGGUGAGCACGCUAUGUGCACUUCUCGUGGCGGUAUCGGCAUUUCCAGACAGCGGUGGUAAAGUUCCACUGCCGGGUCCAGGGCUGUCUUACGGUGGAAUCCCAUACGGCAGUGUUAGUGGCAACGUCGCAGAAUACUUCGAACACCAUUCGCCAUCUAGUGGCCGUUCUCUGGACUACUUGACCAAAAGCCGUGGAAAUGGCGUUGAUUUUGCAGCGAUUGAGCAGUACCUCUAA